AUGUCUGCCAUACGGAGGAAAUUUGGCGAGGACUACCAGGUGGUAAACACUAAUCGGGGCAUGACUUUUUCAGCACCGGUGAAAAGAAAGAGGCAGCGGUUUGUGGAGAAGAACGGCCGCUGCAACGUCCAACACGGUAACCUUGGGGGGGAGACCAGCAGGUACAUCUCGGAUCUUUUCACCACACUGGUGGAUCUCAAGUGGCGCUGGAACCUUCUCAUCUUCAUCCUCACUUACACAGUUGCGUGGCUGGUCAUGGCAUCAAUGUGGUGGGUGAUCGCCUACAUCCGUGGCGACCUGAGCCACGGCGGCCACGACUCGUCCUACACCCCGUGCGUCGCCAACGUUUACAACUUUCCCUCCGCUUUCCUGUUUUUCAUAGAGACAGAGGCGACGAUCGGCUACGGCUACCGCUACAUCACGGAGAAGUGUCCGGAGGGCAUCAUCCUCUUCCUCUUUCAGUCGCUGCUGGGGUCCAUUGUGGACGCCUUUCUCAUCGGCUGCAUGUUCAUCAAGAUGUCGCAGCCGAAGAAGCGCGCAGAGACGCUGAUGUUCAGUCAGGACGCGGUCAUUUCGCAACGGGACGGGAAGUUGUGUCUCAUGUUUCGAGUGGGGAAUCUGCGGAACAGCCAUAUGGUGUCCGCACAGAUCAGGUGUAAACUCAUCAAGUCUCGGCAGACCCCAGAGGGUGAGUUCCUGCCCUUGGACCAGUGUGAGCUGGACGUGGGUUUUGGGACGGGGGCGGACCAGCUCUUCCUUGUGUCGCCUUUAACCAUCUGCCAUGAGAUCAACACCAAGAGUCCGUUCUUCGAUCUGUCGCAGCGCUCUCUCAUGAACGAGCAGUUUGAGAUUGUUGUCAUCCUAGAGGGCAUCGUGGAAACCACUGGUAUGACAUGCCAGGCGAGGACGUCUUACACCGAGGAUGAAGUCUUGUGGGGCCAUCGUUUCCUUCCUGUCAUGUCACUGGAAGAGGGCUUCUUCAGAGUUGACUACUCUCAGUUCCACAACACAUUUGAGGUUCCCACACCUCCCUACAGCGUCAAAGAGCAGGAGGAGAAGACCUCGCUGACAUCUCCGAACCCUCUGCCAGUUGCUCCCACUCCCACCUCCCCCCUGCUGGGUAACGGUGGCCGUGGAGGACGCAGGGAAAGGCUCCUGUCAGCCGACUUUGCAGACCACGUAGAAGACCAGAGCUCCAGCAGGCUGCCCUCCAAACUCCAGCGCAUGAGCUCUACCAAGGAGGAGCACCUCUGGAGGGGGCUGAAGACGGGGGUGGCUUUACCCGGAGGGAAAGCGUCCAGCACAGGUGACCUGCCGCUCAGCAUUCAGAGGCUGAGAUCCAGUUCGAUUCCGGCAGCCCGGCUAGGACAGACCGAGGAGCAGGUCCAGCUGUUGUCUAUCGAUGGAGAUGCUGAGGAAGGCGAGCUGGAGAAAGACAGACUACCAGCAGCCAUCAGCACCGUCACCGCUCCAACAUCAGUCCAAAUCCCUCUGGUGGGGGGACGGCCAGAGGACAAUCUGCCCCCAAAACUGCGCAGAAUGAACGCUGACCGUUGACUGCUGCUGUUCUCUUUAAGACUCAAACACUUGAAUCAGGCUUGAUGGGCAUUGCAUAUAAGUAAAGACUACUGUGAUCUAAGUUAUUUUUUUCUGCAGAUUUCUGUCAGGUAUCUUACCUUUACUUACUGGCUCUUUAUUAAGUUGUCCAUUGCCACAAAUAGAAGGACAACACCCAAUAAGCCAUCCAUCCGCUCAUACUGUGAGUCAUUUUUGAUAGAUCACCAUCUGUGCCCCCUACUGACUUCUCACAUUUCUGCCCUUGCUUUUCUUCCUUUGACUUCUAUACAAACAGUUGCAUCAAAAACUACCAUGUUUUGUAAUUAAUGAAGCACCAAAGUGUCAGUUACAAACAACACUGACCUGAACUGGGUAAAACGUCCUACUACACAAGUCAGUUAACACACAAUAUAUUAGUUUAUAUUGUACUCACUUGUAUUGUGUUUGUUCAUUUAAAGGGUCAUUUGAGUUGUUUGUUUACUACUGUACUAUUUUAACAAUUUUUACCUCUCAGUGCAGUGUUUGCAUUGGUCUACUAUUAGCCUGGCCAGCCAUCCAGUUUUCUCAGUGUAUUCAGUACUGAUAAAACAGUCUGGAACUGGUCCAUUCGCUGUGAAUUAUGCCUGAUCUGUUUUAUACCAGACCAAUCACAAGUCUUCGGGGCAGGUGUUUUUCAGUGCAUCAUACGCACCAACUUCUUAGUCAGUUCCAAGUCUGCAAAUGAAAUUUUACAACUGUUGUUGGAUGUUUGAUUCAAAAAUAAGGAUUGAAUUACAGAUUACACCCUGUAUUCUUAAGUUUCUCUGACAAAAGCGUCACGUCCAUCUUAUCUUUGAUUGGUGUACUCUGCACCUGUCAGUCCCGCCUUCAUAUUUGGAUUCAAGCUCUGUGAUUCCAGACGGAUUUCUUUUUGAGAAAGACGGAUGGCUGGCCAGGCUAGUCUACUAUACACACGGGUGGCCAAAUGUAAUUACAGUUUAGUUUUGGACUCCCAAGUUUCUUUCACCACCCGAUUUAUCAAAAUGUAAAACUAUUAUUUUGGAAUGCAGGGAUGCUAACAUCAGGAGACAUGUGUAUUCUCAUAUAAACAUAAGAUAAAUCUUCAUACUGCAACUGAUAAAUAUUAAAUUCUUUGAAAUCA